AGGGAUGCCAAAAUUUCGUGACCUUGGAGGAAACCUACUCUUGGUAUUAAUGAUUAUUAAUAGUAAAGUUCGAGAAAUAUGCUACGGAAGGAGAGGAGGGGGGGUUUUAAAGUGCGAGACUCUUGAGUAGAUGAGAUCGCGUAGCAAAAAAUAGUUCACCCACCAUUCAAUUACUCCCCAUCUCUCCUCUUCCUAUAAAUACAGCCUCGUUGUAUAAGCCCCGGCAACAAGAAGAAGAAAAUUAACUCAUUAAAUCCAGAGAGAGAGAGAGAGAGCGAAGAAGAAGAAAUGGAUCAUGAGAAAGCCACAGCCUGUGUUCUUGAUGCUUCAACUUAUGUGGGUUUUUGGCUUGUCAAAGGACUUUUAAGCAAAGGGUACACAGUUCAUGCGGCUGUUCUGAAAAAUGGAGAGACAGAGAUGGAAGGAAAAAUCAGAGACAUGGAAAUGGAGGAAGAGAGACUUGUGGUGUUCGCCGUUGAUGUUUUUGACUACCAGAGCAUUCUUCUUGCUCUGAAAGGCUGCAGUGCUGUGUUCUGCUGUUUGGAAAACCAAGAUGGGUAUGAUGAUAAAAUGGUGGAUUCAGAAGUUAGAGGAGCAAUCAACGUAGUGGAGGCAUGUGCACAAACGGAGGGGAUAGAGAAGAUUGUAUUCAGUUCUUCUUUGACUGCUGCAAUAUGGAGAGAGAAUAUUGAUUUGCAGAAGGAUGUGGAUGAGAGGUGCUGGAGUGAUCAAGAUUUUUGCAGGAAGAAAAAGCUCUGGUAUGCUUUGGCUAAGACACUUACUGAGAAGGCUGCUUGGGCUCUAUCCAUGGAUCGAAUGCUUAACAUGGUGUCUGUCAAUGCCGGACUAGUUCUGGGGCCUGGCAUUACUCAACAAAAUCCUCGACCAACCAUGUCUUAUCUUAAUGGAGCUGCUCAAAUGUAUGAAAAUGGAGUGCUGGCAUAUGUUGAUGUGAGCUUUUUAGCUGAUGUUCACAUUCGAGCAUUCGAAGAUCAGUCUACAUCUGGUCGAUACUUCUGUUUCAGUCAGAUAGUAAAUACUCAAGAGGAAGCUGUGAAACUUGCACAAAGUUUGAGCCCUCUCAUGUCCUUGCCUACCAGUUAUGAGUUGCAAGGAAGUGAAGUGUAUGCUGAAAGGUUGAGGACCAAGAAGUUGAACAAGCUAGUUGAAGGCACUCCAUGUUAACAUACAGACAUAUAUAUAAUAUGGAAUGUGUUUAUAUACACACAUAUAUAUAUAUAUAUAUGUUAUUAAUAACAUUUGGUUGAGACCAAGAGAAGCAAUUGAAGCAUAAUUUAGUCUCUCUUCUUUUUUUCUUU